UCAUUUCCCAUACAUUUGUACGGAUGACUACCCGAUAAUACUCGCACAACAAUGCUCGCCCGAUGUGAUAUGCGAGCAUACAAUAUACACAUGUACCGUACCUGUGUUUGCAAACCACAGAUCUAGUUCAAAUCUACAUACACGCUUAACAUAGUACAAGUGGACAUGACUUGACAUGACAUGACAUUGGUGCUCGGGAAUUUAGCUUUUUAGUGUUACUGUUAAACGCAUUGUCGAAUUGUUUUAGCUCCGAGUCCGACUUAGCUUUGACUUUUGAGAAGCAUUGCCAUUGGCAUGAUUGGUAAGAUGCUCCUGCGCCAUGAAUCACAGCUAUGGAAUGUCAUCAAAGGCUUCAUGAAUGACCAUAACCCCUACAAGAAGUGGCUUCAUUAUUGAGGAAAAGAGAGUUACAUAAUGGUAUCUGCAAUGGAGUAAAUCAUGGAAGAAGUAGAUUCAUUACUAUGACAACACCUUGAUUAGCAGUGAGAUUUCACAUCGGAACUCAUUAAACUCGAAGGAUAAGCAUACUUGAGGAGGAAUUGAGUUAUGAGAAGAUGACACUGAACUAGGAAAGGCUAAAUGGACCUUGUUGAGAUGUCAAGUCACUGACAGAUAUUGCUCUUAAAAUUCAAGGAUGAUAUUUAUAGAAAGCAAUUACUUGUAUUCAUUCUAAUAAUCUGUAAUCUAAUCAAGUGUGUUUCAGAAGAGAUUGCACAGCGCUCUCGCUUCUUUUUAUUUCAAGGAUUGGUCAGCAUUUACAAAUCUCAGGUUCAGUCGUGAUAGGACAUCGUCAAAAUGAUAAUUAAACCUUGCUGUGUACAAUGUGAAUGUGUGAUUUGAGCAUUGCUUUUGAUGCAUGGUCAAUCUUUGCCAUCCUGGGAGGAGAGACGCGUCAAUGUGUAUUGAUGAGCACUGAGGAUAGCAAGCUAUUUUGAUAACUUUUACCAAGCAACCAGGAUUGCAGAAUUGAUGGUACUGUCAUCGCCAGGGGGAGAACAUUUCUUUUCAUGAUUUUCGAUCGACGCCGGAGCAGAAAUGCUUCCAGAUGACUCGUCUAUAAAUGCAUUAUUGAUGUUGUUGUGGUAACGAGAACAUUUUUCUUUGUGAUUUCCUCUUGGAUGAAGAAUCAUUAUUAUGCUUCUAGUUUUUCCAGGUGUCUUGUUACUAAGAUCAUGAAACAUUAAUAGAUGAGGCUAGAGAAGUAGGCAAAGCAAUACACGUUGAUUAUGUGAUAUGGAGACGUUUCUUAAGAGGCUGAAAAAGGAAACUCAAAAUAGAGCAAACAGAUGCAAUCUAUCAACUCUAAAAUGUUACCACCAAAUGCAUGAGCCAAUUAUCUUGUGUAAUAAUUGGAGAACAUUAAAACACUUUUAUUUAUAAAUAUUUUGAGACAUUAUUCAUCUGGACUGUCGCGAUGGGAUGUUCGGCGGGUAAAAAUCCUCCGCUGGAUCGGAUACCAUCGACUUCAUCAACCGCAGACCUCAAGUCAAAAGAAAAUGGGAAGUCUGUGCAUUCAAAAGGGGAUGCUUCUGAUCUACCAAGCAAGAAAACACUUGAGAGAAGGGAUACAGGAAAGUUUAGCAAUGGAUCAUUAGGAAAUGGAGAUGAAAAGACCAAUCAUCAUCAAGCUACUAGUCUAGUUGACUAUUCAAGCAUGAAGAAACAUAAAGAUAUGCCAUUAUCAGGUCCUAUAUGCAAUAAUAAUAAGGAAGUUUCUAAAAGCCAGUCUGACUUCUUCAAGAUGCUGGACGCAAAAAUAGAGCAGGGUAAGGACCUAGAUCCUGAAGAAGUGACGUGACACCAGUCUAUUUCAUCUAUAGGGACCCCUUUGAUUCUACAUGGGACAGAGAUUGAAACUCAUUGAAAGAAAACUAAAGAUGCCUUCUUAGGCGUGCUCUCCUUCCCAUCAAUAAUCGUGCUGCAAUAUUUCUGGUUCAUCAUGUUUCAGUUUAUUAUCAAUCAAUCUUUGCUACUCUUCAAAGACUGAAAGAUUCAUUCAUAUUUCUCUUCCAUGAAUGAGAAAUUGAAUUUUGUUAAAAAAAGGGGUUGUAAAAUUUUCAAAUUUUGGCAUAUAUUUUGUACUUAUGAUAUAAAUCUGAAAACCUGUGAUGAAUUUUGUACAGUAUAAAUGAUAUUUUUCAAGGCCUUGUUAAAGAAUGAAGUACUUGUAAAUUGGAAAAGAUGUUUAUUUUGUGGAGAAUUAUGCGAGUCAUCCAUUUGUAAUCUGUUUUCAAUACUGUGAUGGGCAUUGUUGAAUGGUCGUAGAAUGUAUGUUUUAUCACAUUCAUUAUUCCUCUUUCUAUUCAGGAUUUAUGUCCCACAAUGUAUGUUUGUUUGUGCCGUUUCCUUCUUGUCCGACUACUAUAGAGUGUUUUAUCAACCUUUCUCAUCGGAUACCUU